GAUUGACAGGUUGGUCUCGGGCUGCGCUGCAGAGGAGAACGAGUCGCUCAGUCGCUGCCCUGCAGCCCUCGCCACCGGCUCCGGUACUUUGCAGCAGCGGAAAGGGGAGGAGGAGGAGGAGGAGGGGGGUGCAAACACUCAGUCUGCACCCCAGCCCCCCCGCCGCCGGCCGCUCGGCCCCGGGCUUCUAUCCAUUGUGACGCGGAAGCUGAUUGCAAACACACACACGCCCGGAGCUUCAUUCAUCCCGAUCGCUGCACGGUGAGGAGGGAGCGCCGCGCUGUGGGGAGGAGCCAGGAGGAGGGAGCGCCGCGGGAGGGUGGGGCUAUGUGGAGGGAGCGUUGCAUUGCAACAGAGGCGGCAGCCAGCGAAUGAGUUGGGCAGCAGCGCCGGUUCGAUCCUCGGCCUCCCUCGCCCGCAGGAUGGACGGGCCGGUGGAGACCGCCCUGCGCUCCCUGCUCCAGCGGGCUCUGGCCCCGUCCCACCUGGAGGUGGUGAACGAGAGCGGCCAGCACGCCGUGCCCCCCGGCUCCGAGACCCACUUCAAGGUGGUGGUGGUCAGCGGGCGCUUCGAGGGGCUGCCCCUCAUCCAGCGACACCGUCUGGUCCACUCCUCCGUCCGGGACCUGCUGGCCAGCGACAUCCACGCCCUCUCCAUCCACGCCAAGACCCCCGAGCAGUGGGCGGAGGAGCCCAGGGUCGACCCAAGCCCACCCUGCUUGGGGGGCUCCAAACACGACCCCCUGGGCCCGGGAAAACGCACCCCACCCUGACUGAACAGCUAAACAGGGACCCCCAAACCAGCCUGAUAAUAAACUAUUAAUUCUCCCA